CCUCCUCUUCUCUCUCGCCUAACCUGUUACAGAACCUCACCUUCUAGAGAUCGUCGUCGCCGGAGACACACGAGCCAGAAACGACAGAUUUGGCCCAGGGGCUUGCUGGCUUGUCGGUGGCUGUCCGAGAGGGGGCAGUUGGCUCGUGAGACGACUUGGGUGGGUUCGAGGGCGAGGCGGCGCGGCUGAGGGCUCUCUGGGUGGGCGAGAUCGCAGCCGGCAGUCCUCCGUCCCAGAAGAAGCAGUAGGCUGAGGCUCUCUUAAGCCGUUUCCUUCGCUCUCUUUCCUUGGAAAGCGCCGGCUUUUCUCUUCAAACGAAUAAGCUUCUUCGUUCCCAACUCAGUUGCAGUGUCUAAAUAGGAUAUUGGGAUUAAUGAAGCUUUUCAGCCGUCAGCAGAAGUUCCGUAGUUGCAUGAAUCCUUGAAUUUUAAUGAGAGGAUGCUCCUGAUGUCAGGACUAAAGUUGUUUAAUCGACUUGGUCGGGUCACUCAGAAGAGCACCUCAACUGUUAAUUCAGUUCUUAGAUCAUUUAGCCACCGCAAUCCAUCAUCUGAAACUAAAAUUGAGAUUGAAAGAAUUACUAGAAUUAUAAAUGACCAUCCUUUUCCUGAUCAACCUCUCCAACCUACCCUUCUCCAACAUAUCCCGCUAGCUGUCCUUUCCAACACUUUUGUGGAGAAUGUUCUUGGUCGCCUCUUUGCAGCCCAUUCCAAUGGCCUUAAAGCCCUUGAGUUCUUCGAAUUUUCCCUCCGCCAUUCACAGUUCAGUCCGAGUGCAGAUGCCUUUGAGAAGACAUUGCACAUCCUUGUACGGAUGCGUUAUUUUGAAAAAGCUUGGGAGUUGAUGGCAACAAUUGGAAGAGAACACCCGUGUUGCCUUACGCUAAAGUCAAUGAGCAUCAUGUUGUCAAAGAUUGCAAAGUUCCAGUCUUAUGAAGACACACUUGCAGCUUUUGAAAAGAUGGAGAAUGACGUUUUUGUUGGGAAAAAAUUUGGUACAGAUGAGUUUAAUAUUCUUCUUCGAGCUUUUUGCACACAGAGGCAGAUGAAGGAAGCGCGCUCUGUGUUCCGAAAGAUGUACUCCAGGUUUUCCCCUGACAAAAAGAGCAUGAAUAUAUUGCUCUCGGGUUUCAAGGAGUCGGGAGAUAUUACGGCUGCAGAAUUGUUCUAUCAUGAGAUGGUCGCUAGAGGUUUUAGGCCAAAUGUUGUGACUUAUAACAUCAGAAUUGAUGCUUACUGUAAGGCAGGAUGCCUUGGCGAUGGUCUGAGACUUCUUGAAGAAAUGGAACAGGCCAAUUUCUCUCCGACUUUAGAAACAAUCACUACUUUGAUACAUGGAGCUGGAAUUGCUCGAAAUCUAAUCAAGGUGCAGCAAUUAUUUCAGGAGAUCCCUUUCAGAAACUUACAUCCUGAUACUGGGGUUUAUAAUGCCUUGAUGAGUUCGCUUAUUAGAUGUAAGGAUUUGAAGUCUGCAGUUGCGUUAAUGGAUGAAAUGGAGGAGAAACAUAUCGACCAUGAUUAUAUGACCUAUCACAUCAUGUUCUCUGGAAUGAUUAAAAAAAUGGACUUCGAGGGUGUAUCUCACCUAUUUGACAAAAUGGUUCAAAACAAUUUUGUUCCUAAAACACGAACUGUGGUUAUGCUAAUGAAGUUUUUUUGUGCAAAUUCUCGUGUUGAUUUGGGUUUGUAUUUAUGGGAGUAUUUGAUGGGGAAAGGAUAUUGUCCUCAUGGUCAUGCGUUGGAGCUUUUGUUGACGGGACUGUGCUCUAGAGGUUUCGUGAAAGAAGCUUUUGAGUGCUCAAAACAAGUGCUGGAGAGAGGGAGGCAUUUGAGUGAAGCAGCAUUUCGAUUGAUAGAGAGGCGUCUAUUACAAGAAGGAGAGAAGGAUCAGUUGAGGAAGCUUAAUCAGAUGAUUGAUAAAUUACGUACCCAUUUGCCUCCAAUUACAGAGAAAAUGCUAUAAGUAUCCUGGCUGCUCCGACAAUGUAAUGGCUCCAUUUUUAAGCACGUAAUUUUGAUUUCAUUCUAGUCACCGAAAAAAAGCUACCUUGAAGCACUUGAGGAAAUAUGAAGAGAUAGCGGGCUUUGGAUUCUUCAUCACCUACAAUGAUCCUUACGUUGUUAACAAAGUUAUUGAAGGUGGCACCCGCCGCAAUCCUUACAGAACAGGUUCGAAAUAAUGCAUCAGUCACACCGCAUGCUCCUACAUUUCUUUGGUUGGUUAAUUGGUGGAGGUGUUGUUAGUCAGGACGUCAAGUUAUUCAUUUAUCUUUCUUUUGUCUUUUUUUUGUUGAAAGCCUUCUUUUGUGUCGUGUAUUAUUUCGAAUAUAUGAUGCAUGAAUAAAAACCUUCAGAAAUAGUACUAGAUUCCCUGA